GGGGCUGGGCGCCUGGCUCUGGCUGCGCACUGCUGCCGGGCGCGGGCGGGCACGAUGGGCUGCGGGGCGCUGCUGGCCGCCUUGGCGCUCCUGCUGCCGCGGCUCCUGGCACUGUCUGAGGAGCCGCUCAGCAUGGCCGGCCGGAAGUGCAACACCAUCUACAAGGGCUUUGCAGAUUGCCUGAUCAGCCUCGGAGACAGCAUGGCUCAAACUAUUCAGCAGCAGCAAGACGAGAGUAGCCAAGAGCUGCAGGAGUUGGAGACCAUUUGCAAGUCCUGGGAUGACUUCCACAUCUGUGCCAGCCAGGUGUUGUCCAGAUGCCCCGAUGAGGCAGCAGCCAUCUGGGAGUCCCUUCGACAAGAGUCCCGGAAGUUCCAGUUCCAAGGAAACCUCCAUGAUCUGUGCAGUUCGCGGUCCCAGCCGGCUGGCAAUGGGAGAGCUUUGAAUAUGGAUGAAACCAACAAGGAAACUUUGCGAGGGUUGGCCUGGCUUCCACGGCCCAGCCUCUGGGAUGUCCUGACUCUUGUGGCUCUGUUUGCUUUGGCACCUUUUGUCUAGCCUAGGAAUCAGGGGAGUGGGGGAAGGGGAGGCCCUCCUCCCAUACUGUCCACCAUAGUAUGGUCUGGUUGCCCAGCACUGCCCUAUACCAGGAACUUGGAUCGGACUCAGAAGUUGAUGGACUGGGCUUGUGGGUUUGGAUGUCAAGAGGAGAGUGUUUCAAUGAGUGAAGGAAGAUGGAGGAUGUGAGCUUCACCUCCCUCUGCCUGCCCUGCUCAGGAGACCGGGGUAGGGAUAAAGGUGCUCCUUUUGGCCUUGAGCCAGUUGGCAACCUAUAGGUACCCUCAACAAUGCUCUACUUCCCUUUCUGCCCAUAUUCCUCCAUUUCACAUACCCUCCUAGCUUUCCAGCCAUUCUUCAUCCUGGACUGUUGCCCUUGGCUAGCAGUAGUAUCUCAGAACCAUAGCCCUUGACGUAAUGAGAACCUCAGCUCAGCCCAUUCUUUCCACCGUCCUUGAUGGUUGCUGGUGCCCCAGGGAGACUUGGAAGAAGGAGAUUGGAUUUAUACCCCACCCUUCUCCCCUGUAAGGAGACUCAAGGUGGCCUACAAGCUCCUUUCCCUUCCUCACCCCACAACAGACACCUU